UUUCAAUUCUGGAACUGUAAAGAAACUUCAAAAUUAAUAAAGUAUCGUUUUACAAGAAUCUAAUUCCACGAAAAGAAAGAUGGGAUUACAAUUAUCCAGUUUGGGAAUAGACACUUCACUGCUGACAUCAAAUCUGGAUAAGUUCUUGGAUGGAGUCGAAUAUUUGGAUAUCGAUGGCGAUUUUGAAGAGGAUAGCUACACAAUACUUCCAAUAAGUGGAGAUGGAGAUCACGUUUUGGGAACAUUCCACAGGGAGGAACAACCAUCGUUCACCCAUUCAAGAAGGAAAUUGUCACUGCAAGAUGAAAGAGCAAGAAGAAGGAGUAUUACAACGUUAACUCACCCAGCUGACUUCAUUGAAAAAUGGCCGGGUUCCGAGAGAUUCACUACCCCUGAACAAUUACGACCUCACCCCUUCAACGGGGGUUGGAAAAAUGGAUGAAUUUGGAGGGUAAUUUGCGUUCGGGAUCUCGGAAUAGGUCCUCUGAGAGUUCGGAAAAUUUAGGGGUUGAAAAUUGGGGAUUAAUGAUCGGUUUGAAGGGCUGCUUUACCUGUUGCGUUUGGUAAAUUGUAAUUUAAUUUUACUCUGUGAAGGGUGUGAUGUUUUGAUGGUAGUGUAGUUUUAUGUCUGUACAAAAUUGGAUCACAAUAAACUAUUGAAUUCAA